AUGGAGGGCAUCCAUGGGAGGUGUCUCGGUUCUCUGCUUAUCCUGGCCCAGGCCCUGGCCCGGGCCCUGGCCCCCCUCCCCAUCUUUCUGCCAUGUCAGUUCCACCACCCGGGAGAGGUGGACUGCGACAACCACGGACUGCGGGCCGUGCCCACCUUCGCCACCGCCCCCCAGGCCAACGUCACCGCCCUACUGCUCCGCUUCAACCGCAUCCACCACCUGCAUGCUGGCGAUUUCACCCGCCUGACCAACCUUCGGCAGCUGAACCUCAAGUGGAACUGCCCCCCUGCCGGGCUGACCAACCUCCGCUUCCCCUGCCGUAUGACCAUUGAGGCGGGUACCUUCGUGGAGCUGCGGCACCUGGAGAUGCUGGACCUGUCGGCCAACAGCAUCUCGACGGUGCCGCCCCUGCCGGCCUCCCUGCAGACGCUCAGCCUGACCCGCACCCAGGUCCUCAGCCUGGACCCGGCCACCUUCUCCCCGCUGCUCAGCCUGCGCCAGCUCUUCAUGGAUGGGAACUGCUACUACAAGAACCCCUGCGGGCGGGCCGUCGAGGUGCCCCCGGGGGCCCUCGCCCACCUGGGCAACCUCACCCGCCUCUCCCUGAAGUACAACAACUUGACGGGGGUGCCCCGGGGGCUCCCGCCCAGCCUGCAGCACCUGUACAUCUCCUACAACCGCAUCAAGCGCUUCUCCGCCACGGACCUGGCCGGCCUGCCUCGCCUGCAGGUGUUGGACCUGAGUGGGAACUGCCGGCGCUGCGACCAUGCGCUCAACCCUUGCGUGGAGUGCAACGGCUCCCUGUGGGUGGAGCCCUCGGCCUUCCGCCGCCUGGGGGCCCUGGAGGGACUGGUGCUGGCCGACAGCUCCCUGCACCAGCUGGACGCCCGCUGGUUCCAGGGCCUGGGGAACCUCCGGGUGCUGGACCUGAGCGAGAACUUCCUCUAUCGGGACAUCACCACCAGCACAGCUUUCCGGGGCCUGGCCAAGCUGGAGAAGCUGCUGCUGGCCUUCAACUACCAGAAGAAGGUCUCCUUCGCCCACCUGGCCUUGGCCCCCUCCUUCCGGGACCUGGAGUCCCUGCAGGAGCUGGACAUGCGAGGGAUCUUCUUCCGGACGCUCACCCGGGACACCCUCCGACCCCUGCAGAGCCUGCGCUCUCUGCACAAGCUGCACCUGCAGAUGAACUUCAUCAGCCAGGUGGACCUGUCAGUCUUUGGCGACUUCCGCGCCUUGAAGUUCGUCGACUUGUCGGACAACAAGAUUGUGGACCACCGGGAGGGUGGGGCCGGGGGCCGGCCGGGAGGGUUCGGUGGGGGCUGGCUCCGGGCCCUGGCCUCCCGGGGGCGGCGGGGACGCAGACCCCCGGCAGAGGACCGGCCCGGCCCCGAUGUCUUCAUGCCGGCCUGCCGGUAUCCUGAGGAGACCCUGGAUCUGUCUCGGAACAACCUGGUGACCAUCCGCCCAGACAUGUUCUCCAACCUGUCGGGCUUCAAGUGCCUCCGGCUCUCCCGGAAUGGCAUCGCGCAGGCUGUGGAUGGCACCCAGUUCACGCCGCUGGCCCAGCUGCGCCUGCUGGACCUGUCCCACAACAAGCUGGACCUGUACCACGGCAGCUCCUUCUCCGAACUGCCCCUCCUGGAGGCCCUGGACCUCGGCUACAACAGCCAGGCCUUCAUGAUGCGGGGCAUCGGCCACAACCUGAGCUUCGUGGGCCGGCUGCCUCGCCUGCGUUUCCUUAGCCUGGCCCACAACCAGAUCGCCCGCCGGGUCUCCCCCAGGCUCUGCAGCACCUCCCUGGAGGCCCUGGACUUCAGCGGGAACCGGCUGGACGUCAUGUGGCGGGAGGGGGAUAUGUACCUGAGCUUCUUCCGGGACCUGAGCGGCCUGACCAGGCUGGACCUCUCCCAGAACCGCCUCGGGACCCUCCCGGACCGGGCCCUGGCCUGCCUCCCUCCGACUCUGAGGGUGCUCUGGGCCCGGGGCAACCACCUCUCCUUCUUCAACUGGACCAGCCUGCAGCUCCUCCCCGGCCUGGAGGAGCUGGACCUGUCAGGCAACCGGCUGGCAGGCUUGGCCAAUGGCAGCCUCCCCGCCGGGACGGGCCUCCGCAAGCUGGUGCUCAGUGGCAACCGGCUGGACUAUAUAGCCUCCGGCUUCUUCUCCGGGGCCUCCCAGCUGAGCCUGCUCAACCUGAGCCACAACGCGCUUGGCACCGUGGAGCGGGCCUGGUUCGGCCACUCCAUCUCCAGCCUGCGGCUGCUGGACAUCCGGGCCAACCCCCUGCUCUGCACCUGCGACUCGACUUUCCUGGCCUUCGUGCUGGCCAUCCAAGACCGCAUCCCCCGCCUGACUGACCUGGUGGUCUGCGGUGCCCCGUACCAGCUCAAGGGCCGCAGCAUCUUCACCCGGGACCUGCGCUUCUGCCCCGACGGGGCCCUCUCCUGCAGCUGCUUCGCCCUCUCCUCCCUCGCCGUCAUCGCCUUGCUCUCCGGGCCCACCCUGCAUCACCUCUAUGGCUGGGACCUCUGGUACAUCUUCCACCUGGGCCUGGCCCGGCUCCGGGGCUGGCGGGCCGGGGGGCUGGCCGGUGGCCGGCGAGGCCGAGGUCCUCCUGGGGAACCAGACCCGGCCUACGACGCCUUUGUGGCCUUUGACAAAGCCCAGGGGGCCGUGGCCGAUUGGGUCUACCACGAGCUGCGGGUCACCCUGGAGGAGAAGUCCCGCUUCCGGCUCUGCCUGGAGGAGCGGGACUGGCUCCCGGGGAAGAGCCUCAUCGAGAACCUGUGGAACUCCGUCUACGGGAGCCACAAGACGGUCUUCGUCCUUUCCGCCAUCCGGCCCAUCAGCGGGCUGCUCCGGGCCAGUUUCCUGCUGGCCCAGCAGCGCCUGCUGGACGACAAGCAGGAUGUGGUGGUGCUGGUCAUCCUGGGCCAGCCACGCAAGCGCUCCCGCUACCUGCUCCUCCGGCAGCGCCUCUGCCCCCAGACCGUCCUCUUCUGGCCUCGCCAGCCCAGCGGCCAGGGGGACUUCUGGCGCCGACUCCGGGCGGCCCUGGGCAAGGACAAUCGCCACUUCUACGACCGCAACUUCUGCCGGGGCUUCUGAGCUCGGCAGG